AUGGACACCGCUCUCGAAAUUCUCGACCCCCUCGUCUUCGACCGUGCCUAUUCAUAUUUCUUUCCCGGCCCGGCCGUUGCAUGCGAUGCCGUUCGCAGCGCCUCAUGGUCGACGUCGUCGCUGCUGAGCGCCGUUGCUGCGCACAACGCCACCGCAAAAGUCGCCACUUCGGCUAUCGAAUCGUGCAUUGUCUCGUCGCUGCCUCGCGACGAUAUUCGACGCCAAUGCGCCUCGAUUUUGUUUGUCGCGGGCUUUGGUGCCGCCGCAAUCUACUUCAUUUUCGCCGCCUUUUCCUACUACUUGAUCUUCGACCGUCGACUGGAGUACCACCCUCGAUUCCUCAAAAACCAGAUCUCCCAAGAAAUUGUGUCUUCGCUCUGGGCCAUUCCUGUCAUAGAUCUUCUCAGUUUGCCCUUUUUCCUCGCCGAGGUCCGCGGCCACAGUCUUCUCUACACGCACAUCGAUGAGUACGGCUGGCCCUGGCUCUUCGUCUCGACCAUUAUAUACAUGAUCUUCAACGAUUUCUUCAUUUACUGGAUCCACCGACUCGAACACCACCCCAGCAUCUACAAAUACGUUCACAAGCCUCACCACAAGUGGAUUGUUCCCACGCCCUGGGCUGCGAUUGCUUUCCACCCCGUCGAUGGAUUCUUGCAGUCGACUCCUUACCAUAUCUUUGUCUUUAUUUGCCCUAUGCAAAAGUACCUCUACGCCGUACUCUUCAUUCUCGUGCAGCUCUGGACCAUCUUCAUCCACGACGGCGACAUGAUCACGGGCACCUGGUCGGAAAAGUUCAUCAACAGUCCGGCCCACCAUACUCUUCACCACAUGUACUUUACAUGCAACUACGGCCAGUAUUUCACCUGGGCCGACAACUACUUUGACUCGCACCGCGAGCCGCGACCAGAGCUAGACCCUAUUCACGACGCUUUGCGCGUGAUGCGCGAAAAGGGGCUCGUUGACGAUAAGGGCAACCCGAUUCCUCCAAAGAAGAAGAGCGAUUAA